AUGUCCGCAAUAUCAAACAUGUCGGCAGUUUCUGAAGAUACUGGUGAUAUUUCUGGUCCAGAACCAGAAGCUAUCAUCGCAGCUAGACACAAGGCCAGGUCAGAGAGUAUGUCGGAGCAGCUUUCCGCCCAAUUGAGUCAGAUGAGAUUGCCUCAACCAGAAAGGAUCUUCGGCCCUGAUGAAGGUGAGAGCGAUGCGGCUCGAGAGGGAGAAGGAAGAGCUGUGAGACCUGAAGAUUGGGAAAAGAUUUAUGGGGAUGAUGAGAUUCCUGAAGCUGUCAAAGAGCCAGUUAGGAUGUCUCACUCAAGACAGGCCAGCAGAGUUAACCCAGAGGAUCUACCAAAACAACAAACAAUACCUGAGGAUGUAGAAGAACCACCUGUCAAAAGCACAGGUGUGGCUAAGGAACAGAAAAUCACCCCUUUUGACGUUGAGGGAGGAGUCGAUGCUGAAGGGCGUUCAUUAGGCAUUGAUUAUAACAAGACUGUACAGAAAUUCGGAGCUUCUUUAAUUUCUCAAGAUCUCCUGGAGCGGUUCGAAAAGGUUACAGGUGUAAAGCCUCAUCCUCUGCUUCGUCGUGGGACUUUCUUUUCUCACCGGGAUUUGAACAUAAUUCUCGAUAGAUACGAAAAAGGUCAACCUUUCUAUCUUUACACUGGCCGAGGUCCAUCAAGUGACUCGAUGCAUAUGGGGCAUCUCAUCCCUUUCAUGUUCACUGCAUAUCUGCAACGUACUUUCAACGUCCCUCUUGUCAUCGAGAUCACAGAUGACGAGAAAUACCUUCUCGAACGUGACUCGAAAAAACAGGCCGAGACAAUGAAGAAGAUCAAAGGCAAGAAACCUCUUGAUCUUCUACGACACUACAAAAGCAUGGGCCAAGACAAUAUCAAAGAUAUCAUCGCCUGUGGAUUCAUACCCGAGAAGACAUACAUCAUGUCCAAUCUUCGUCGCAUGGGCGGAGCAUUCUACGAUAAUGUCGUCCUCAUGGCCAAGACCAUCACACUCAGCCAAAGUCGCAACGUCUUCGGAUUUUCUGACGCCGAUAAUGUGGGGAUGUAUCACUUCGCCGCGAUACAAGCAACACCAGCGUUUUCGAACUCUUUCCCUCAAAUAUUUGGAGAACGGGACGACAUUCCAUGUCUUAUACCCUGUGCCAUCGACCAGGACCCAUAUUUCCUCCUCACACGGGACGCCGCAGAUCGGCUUGGUUACAAAAAGCCCGCUUUGCUGCAUUCAAAAUUCCUCCCUGCACUCCAAGGAGCAAACACCAAAAUGUCGGCUUCUCAAGAAAACUCGGCGAUUUUCAUGACCGAUGAUGCCAAGAAGAUUCAGAAAAAGAUCCGGUCGCAUGCCUUUUCGGGAGGUAGGGCGACACAAGAGGAGCACCGUCGGCUGGGGGGAGAUCCCGAUGUCGACGUGGCCUAUCAAUACAUCAGCUUUUUCGAGGAAGACGACGAGCGGAUGAAUCAGCUGGCCAAAGACUAUCGUGCCGGAACGCUCAGUAGCGGCGAGAUGAAAGAUCACUGUAUAGCCACCAUACAGAAAAUCGUGGGCGACUUCCAAAUGGCUCGGGCAGCAGUCACCGAUGAGAUUGUGGAAUACUUCCAAGAUCCCACGAGGAAGAUAGAUCCGCGUCCGGUGCCAAAGGCAUGA